AUGACGGAUUCGAUGGAUGCGAUUUCCGAGGCCCUUAUUAGCGCCUAUGGUCACCUCAGCGCCUUACUUCAUUUGCCUUCCAUUGAAAGGGAGUUUUACGAGAUGUUUUUUGUAAAUACACUGCAGGGGCGAACCGGCGAGGGGAAAUCUUUCACCCCUCCGAAUGUCAAGAAGGACCUUGAGAAGGAUCCGAUGGCGGUGGAGGUAUUGGUAGGGGCCCUUAGUCUCAUUGUGGGGGAACUCCAAGGGCAUUAUCGCCGGACGGUGGCCGUCUUAAAGUCCAUCACCAGACGCGAGGAUUUAAUGUUUAAAUUGAUCGAUGCAUCCGAUGCCUAUGAAGGCGGGGGAUGCCCUUUGGAUCAGGCCCAGGUGGGGUUUUUAUCAAUCCUCCACGACUACCAAAGGGCGACUUUGCAGGUGGUGGAGGCUCUUACGACCUGGCGGAAGUCUCUUACGAGGCCCUAUCCUUUUUAUAUCCAUUCCUCCCCCGUUAAUUACCUCGAGCAGAUUUUGGAGGACGGCGAGGCCAUCUCGGGCUGCCCUUUGGGGCGUUCUCUCAGUCUUCAUUUUGGUCGUUUUCCGUGUGGCUCGGUGAUUAAUUUUCCCCGGCUUUUGCGAUCCGCCCGCGCGAAAUGGCGCGCGCGGAUCCUCAACACGGGGGCGGUUCUACACGAAGGGGUGGCGGGGCUGCAGUUGGAUCGUUUCCAGGCUUUAUCGCCCCCGCAUCGACCUUUUUCGCGCUUUAUUUCGUCUUCGUCAUCACUCCGUGAGGGGCCGCAUUUUAUUCCCAAUUCGCGAAAUGUCGUAAUCGCCCCGACGGGGGAUUCGGAGGCUUUCGAAACGGAAAAAGACCCGAAGCGCCGCCUCGCGGAGGAGGUGAUUCUGAAAGAGCCCCAUACGCAGAAAUGCUUGGCAAAGGAGCUUUACGACUUGGCGGGUGCUUUUCAUCCGGAGGAUGUUGGGAGUUCGAAAAGAUUUUUAUUAACCCUUUCGCUUCCAGGGCUUUUUUUACCGCUUGAUGGAAGCUCUACAACUCCGACCUUUCCUUUGGAUAAAGGGCAGUGGUGGGAGACUUUACGGCAGGUGCUGGACCAGGCGCACUGCGUAGAAGUGGCGUCGCGAGCCCGUGAGCGGUGGAAGCGCCCCCCAUCCCGUGUUUUAAAGGAAAGUAAACCGAAUAACUCCACCACGCGAGUAUCUACUUCACGGGAUUCGCAAAAACCUCCCAGCUCGGGUGUGUGUUCCGAUUCGGGGGAUCGCACUGGGGGGGAAGCCUUGUCGUCGUCUUUACAAUCGCAGUCUAGGACCCCCUGUGCACCGCGGCAUUUUAGAGGAGUCAAGCCUUUGUCUGAGAAACUAUUGCGGCAAACCUUGAAUUCCAUAAAUGAGGAUCUGGAGCCUUGA